GUCUGUGUGUGUGUGGGGUGGGGACAUUAAAUUCCAGGCACUGUGGAUAUCUUUGAAUCUCUGACACGUUGUUCUAAAAUAUGAAAAUUGGGGGAGUGAUACUCUUUUAACGUCAUAAUAGAUGUAACCAAAGAUUGGUGGUUGAUGGUACUUUGUGAUGGGUAACCAGCUGAUGCUCAAUAGAUGAUUUAUAAACCCGUAAAAACACACCAACACCCACAAGCAUCCACAUGAGGAAUGGAGAUUCAGGCUAUUUUCAUUGGUUUGAGUCGAGUUAUGUUUUUUUUGGACGUAACACCAGUUGUCUUUGGUGUUUUCAUGGAUGGUUUUAAAAACAGGAUUGAGUCUACAGAGGCUCUGACUGCUGCUGGCAUUCCUCUUGAGGCAUCAUCGAACAAAUGUAACCAGCAGGGCACCCCUCGCUCCCCUGCGUUCUCAUUGGAUGGUGACUUUGUUAUUGGAGGUGCUUUCUAUAUUCAUAACACAAUGCUAACAGGGAUUUAUAACUACACAACCAAGCCGGAGCCUCCUAAAUGCUCUGGGAGCUUUAACACUCGGGAGCUGCGUUUUUCUCGUGCAAUGAUCUUUGGCAUAGAGGAAAUCAACAACAGCACAGAGCUGCUGCCAGGCAUAAAACUUGGAUAUCAGAUCUAUGAUGUUUGCUCCUCAGUGUUGAUUGCUUCUCAUGCUGCAUUUGAGCUGUUAAACCGCCAGGACCCUGUAUUUUACAAAGACGGCAAUUGUUCUAAUUCUGGUGCAGUGAUGGCUGUUGUUGGAGCUUCUGGAUCCACGCCAUCCAUCAGCCUGUCACGCAUCAUUGGGUCCUUCAACAUUCCUCAAGUCAGCCACUCUGCCACGUGUGCCUGUCUGUCAGAUAAGCAGCAGUACCCAUCUUUUUUCAGAACAGUUCCCAGUGACCAGUUCCAGGCUGAUGCACUGGCCAAGCUGGUGAAACACUUUGGCUGGACUUGGAUAGGAGCUGUCCACUCAGACUCAGAUUAUGGAAAUUAUGGGAUGGCCUCUUUUCUUGCUGCAGCACAGAGAGAGGGAAUCUGUGUGGAAUAUUCUGUAUCCUUCUUUCGAACCGACUCGCGUAGCAAGAUCAAGGCAGCAGCUGAUGUUAUCCGCAGGUCAACAGCGACGGUUGUUGUGUCAUUUACAGCCAGUGGAGAUAUGAUAGUUCUCCUAGAAGACCUGGCUAAGGAUCCUCCACCACCUCGUCAGUGGAUAGGAAGUGAGGGUUGGGUGUCUGAUCUACACCUGAUGAUCUACACUUUCUGUGCAGGAGCCAUUGGAGUUACCGCUCCGAAAUCUGUCAUCCCAGGUCUGAGAAAUUUCCUACUGGAUCUUUCUCACACUGAAGUAGCUGCCUCCUCAGUGCUUACAGAGUUUUGGGAGGAUGCUUUCAACUGCACCAUUACAAAAAUUGCAUCCCCACAUAUGACAGUAUGUGAUGGAACUGAAGAUAUAAAGUCACUCAAAAGCCCGUACACUGAUACAUCACAAUUGAGAGGUACAAACAUGGUGUACAAGGCUGUCUAUGCAAUAGCUCAUGCUAUUCACAAUGCAGUGUGUCACGAAACUAAUUUGAAUGUUCAGUGUGACAAAACAACCAAGCUGGAGGCAAAGCAGGUUUUGACCGAACUACAGAAAGUCAACUUUUCCCGUAACGGUUAUCCUGUAUCAUUUGAUGCUAACGGAGAUCCUGUAGCUUUUUAUGAGCUGGUCAACUGGCAGAAGAGUGAGAGUGGAGUUAUUGAGCCGGUAACAGUAGGAUACUAUGAUGCAUCACUGCCGAAAGGACAGGAGUUUCACAUCAGCAGGAACAUAACCUGGGUUGAAGGCAGCUCACAAAUCCCAGUAUCAGUGUGCUCUGAGAGUUGUCCACCAGGAACUCAUAAAGUCUUGCAGAAAGGAAAACCCAUCUGCUGCUAUGAUUGUACACCAUGUCCUGAAGGAGAGAUUAGUAACGUCACUGAUUCUCCAGACUGUUUCCCGUGUCCCAGUGAAUUGUGGCCUAAUGCACGAAGAGACGCUUGUUUCCCCAAACCUGUGGAGUUUCUUUCCUAUGAUGAAGUCCUGGCAAUCAUCCUGGCUGCAUUCUCUGUUAGUGGGGCCUGUCUGGCCAUCAUAACAGCAGCUAUUUUCUUUCAUCACAGAACAACUCCAAUUGUCAGAGCCAACAACUCUGAGCUGAGCUUCCUGCUGCUCUUCUCUCUGACUCUGUGUUUCUUAUGUUCAUUAACUUUCAUCGGAGCUCCCUCUGAUUGGUCCUGCAUGCUGCGACACACAGCGUUUGGUAUCACCUUUGUUCUCUGUAUCUCCUGUGUUCUUGGCAAAACUGUAGUGGUUGUAGUGGCCUUUAAAGCUACACUUCCAGGUACUAAUGCGAUGCAAUGGUUUGGGCCUCCACAACAAAGAAUGACUGUUGUGUUUUUCACAUUUAUUCAAAUUAUAAUCUGUACUGUGUGGUUGUUACUCAGCCCUCCAUUCCCAAUGAAGAAUCUGAGCACAUACAAGGAGAAGAUCAUCCUGGAAUGUGCAUUAGGUUCUGCUGUUGGGUUCUGGGCUGUGCUCGGGUACAUUGGCCUGCUGGCUGUUUUCUGCUUUGUGUUAGCUGUUCUAGCUCGGAAACUACCUGAUAAUUUUAAUGAAGCCAAGCUGAUAACCUUCAGCAUGCUGAUAUUCUGUGCAGUGUGGCUCACCUUCAUCCCAGCAUAUGUCAGCUCUCCUGGAAAAUUUACUGUAGCUGUGGAGAUAUUUGCUAUUCUGGCCUCCAGUUUUGGACUGAUUCUGUGUAUAUUUGCUCCAAAGUGUUUCAUCAUAAUAUUUCAGCCUGAGAAGAACUCUAAGAAAUAUUUAUUGAACAAGAAUUAGAUUAGCGCUUCCUUGUCGGUAAUGUAGCUUUAGGAAGUAUAAUGGUCUGCCUUAACAGCUGCCCCUUCACACAGUAACACCGCCAAGGUCGGACGCUUGGUUCAGUAUGUUUACAUUCCAGGAGAAGAGUCAGAAGAACAGAAGAAGAACGCUUUUGAUGGAGUAAUCAAAGUACUUUAUUUGUGAUAAGCUAAACAAAACACACACACACACCAACCCGAACCAUCUACAUCCAUAUGCAUCCAUCAUUGAGAUAGUCCUGGUAGAUUGUAAGAAUUUAUAAUUAUAGAAAUUAAAGAUUCUUAAACGAUCCCAACUUUCUCUCUUUCUUGUCUCUCAGUCAAUACAAAGUGUUUAAGUAAACUCCCUGAUGAUAAAAACAACCUCUUCUGAUUGAUUACUUAGAUUGUAUAAAUAUACAAAAUCAGGUAAUUAAAUUAUCUAAUUACAG